CGUGCAAACGAGGCGAUAGCACAGUUCGCACUGAGUUGCACCCGUGAGCAAUAUGAAGCUAGUGAAGACAUUCGGUUUGUUGGUUUUAAUAGUUAGCGCUGUCAGCGCUGGCCAUAAGCAUGGCAAUCACGGCAGCGGCAAUACACAAGUGUCGAGCAAUCUCAGGCCAACCAGCUGGCUGUUGGUGCAGGAGUUGCAAUCUUUGCCCUCAGGGGAGGAUAUGAGCUUACAACAGUUGGAGAACAUGUCGGUGCAGGAAGGAGAGCGUUUGAUUGGGAAAAUUUAUCAUCUGUUCAAAAUCAAUCACAACAUGAGCCCAAGCUACGUGCCCAGUGCCAGCAAUGUUCCCGUGGUCUUCGUCAGACCUAAUGGACAGAGCGUGGAGACCAACCUCAACGAACUGGUGACGAAAGCCAAGCAACAGCCCAACUUCGGCAACGAGGAGGUGACCAUCUUCAUUACCGGACUCCCACAGACCAGUCCAGCCGUCGCCAAGGCCAACAAGAAGCUGGUGCAAGCUUACAUGCAACGCUACUACGGACAACAGCAGCCAGUGAAUGCCAACAACCAGGAUUAUGAGUCUAAUGAGCGUCAGCAAGCCACUUCCAGCGAAGAGGACUACAGCGAAUCGUGGAAGCAGCAAAAAUCGAACAGAGGCAAUCUUGUCAUCAUCAAAUUGGGCGCUGUCUUGACGAACUUUAAACGCUAUGCUUUGCUCGAUGUCGAACAAACCGGCCAAAUGAUCGGCAAGACGCUCGUCCAACUUACCGAUGAGGCUGAUGUGCCACAGGAGAUCAUCCAUUUGAUUGGUCAAGGUAUUGGCGCACAGGUCGCCGGUGCUGCUGGUCGUCAAUACAAGCGCUGGACUGGUCAUCAAUUGCGUCGCAUUACCGCUUUGGAUCCCGCCAAGAUCUUCGCCAGCAACAAGAAUGUUUUGAGCGGUUUGGCGCGUGGUGAUGCCGAUUUCGUCGAUGCCAUACACAGCAGCACCUGCGGCAUGGGCACACGCCAACGUGUCGGCGAUGUUGAUUUCUACGUCAAUGGUCCAGCCUCUGCUGCGCCAGGUGCUGACAAUGUCGUCGAGGCAGCUAUGCGUGCUACACGCUACUAUGCCGAGUCGGUGCGUCCCGGAAAUGAGCGCAACUUCGCUGCUGUGCCAGCCAGUUCGAUGCAGCAGUAUGAGAGCAAUGAGGGUUAUGGCAAACGCGCUUACAUGGGUAUUGCGGCUCAGUACGAUUUGAAAGGCGAUUACGUGCUCAAUGUGAAUGCUAAGAGUCCUUUCGGCCGGAGCGCUCCAGCUCAGAAACAAGGCUCUUAUCAUGGUUUGCAUCAGGCAUGGCGUAGCGACAAGAGGAACAGUCAAAACUAAGGCGCUUGACGACACUGUCUGGUUGAGAAAUAUCUGUGACCUUUAGUAACCUCAAAAUUUUUGUACUUUUAUAUA